AUGGUGGUUUCUAAUUCAACCCACAUACCCGAAAAGAUCCGACAAAUCGAACUCCCGACCGUCGACCUAUCAUUGUCGAGAUCCAAGGUUUCGGAGUUGAUUAUAAAAGCUUGUGAGGAGUUUGGAUUCUUUAAGGUUGUUAAUCAUGGGGUACCAAAUGAAAUCAUUGAGAGAAUGGAAAUGGAAAGUUAUGAGUUUUUUAAUAAACCGGUGCCGGAAAAACAGUUGGCCGGAGCAGCCGAUCCUUUUGGUUAUGGAAGUAAGAAGAUUGGAUUUAACGGCGACGUUGGAGAAGUGGAGUAUCUUCUUUUAAGCACGAACCCACUUUCUUUUUCAAAUAACCCAGAUCAAUUCAGGUGUGCAGUGAGGGGUUACAUAGAAGCGGUUAGAAAGGUGGCAUGUGAGAUUUUGGAGAUGAUGGCAGAGGGUUUGUGGGUAUCAGACACGUCAGUAUUUAGUAGGUUAAUCAGGACCGUUGAUAGUGACUCACUUCUAAGGAUCAAUCACUACCCUCCUCUAGUUCUCGACACGUCAGCAUCUCCUCCGCCAUGUCAUCACCACCGUGUCGGCUUUGGAGAACAUACUGACCCUCAGAUCAUUACACUUCUCCGGUCAAAUGACGUGUCCGGUCUACAAAUUUCGCCGGAGAAAGGGGUUUGGAUUCCAGUUCCUCCUGAUCCCAAUUCCUUCUUUGUUAAUGUUGGUGACGUGUUACAGGCGUUGACAAAUGGAAGGUUUGUGAGCGUGAGACAUAGAGCAAUGGUUAGCUCGGAAAAGGCAAGGAUAUCGAUAGGUUAUUUCGGGGGACCUCCAUUGAAUGCGAUAAUUUCGUGCCCAAAAGAAUUAGAGGGCGACAACAAAAAUCGUAAGAGCAUAUACAGGGAGUUCAGUUGGUCUGAGUAUAAGGAAGCGGCUUACUCACUCAAGUUGGGAGAAAGUCGUCUUAAUCUCUUCCUCAACUAAGGGUCGAAACAAACGAGACUUUAACCGGAUUACUAAUCUUUCUUCUUAAUACAACUACUAAAGAUAUCAUAAUAAGGUUGUUUGUUUGCUUUGUUGGU